AUUCCAUAUAGGAACUUUCUACGAAAAUGUUGGCAAUGCAAGACUGUGGUGCAAGUUAAUAUUAUGUUGGCAGUAUAUUUAACCUAUAACCUGUGCCUAUUUUGUGGUGCCUAUAACAUCUUAAAUACCAGCAAGUGGGCAUAUUAUAAUUAUGUAUAAAAUAAACACAUAAAUAAUGUGAAAAGUUCGAAAAUGUCGGAUUCAGAAGAUGAUUAUAUGUCUGAUAAGCUUUUAAUGAAAUGUGAUGCAGACGUUCGUCCAGGAUUAGUUUUUAACCGCACAACAAAACGAAAAUAUGAGCUUGAAAAAAAGAAACAAGAGCUUUUGGCCAAGAAGCCCAAAAAUAGUAAAGAGAGAGAAGAGGAACUUAGACAACAGGGAUUGAAUACUGCAAUUUCAAAUGACAACAAGGGGUUUAAGUUAUUAGAGAAAAUGGGUUUUAAACAAGGCCAGGGCUUAGGAAAAUCACAAUCUGGCAUUACAGAGCCUAUAAAAAUAGAGUUCAAAAGCGGGAAAUCAGGAGUUGGGUUAGAAAAUCAUUUUAAGGAAAAAGUUACCAAGAAGAAGUUAUAUAAAGAGGAAACUCUUGAAAAGAAAAUGGACGCAUUUCAUACAAAUAUUAAAAAUAAACAAGCUCAGAAAUUGCUGUGUAAGGAUUUUGUUAAAGCUCAAAGAGCUUGUGAAGAUUUGGAUUUAAGAAAGAACACUGUUGAGCCAAUACAAGAAUUUUACUGGACAAGAGAAACAAUAAAGAAGAAGAGAAGUGUUGAAGACGAGGAGGAAGAAGAACAAUUUAAUGAAGAAUUUGAUUCUUAUUGUACAGAAGAAAACUUAAGUGAAUUGAUUCAUUAUCUUAGAAGCUUGCAUUUGUAUUGUAUGUUCUGUGCUUUUGUUGCAACUGACGAAGAUGACUUAAAAACAAAUUGUCCUGGUCCAAACAGAAGCGAUCAUGAUGAUGGUUAAAUAAAUUGAAGUUUUUAAUUUAUAUUUUUAUUUAUUUAGCAAAUAAUAAAUUACACAAUAUUACAA